AUGCAACUGCUGCGCGCGCACUCAUUCACCAUGGGGGGUGAGGGGGCACACGCAGGUUGCAGAGGGCAGGGGGGAAGGGGGAAGGGGGGAGAGUUGAAGGGAACAUCAAAGCGGGCUCCGGCUCGGAUCUCGUCGGGUGUGUUGCGGCCUGCACGACGGCCGAUGCUCGGUCACGACGGCAGAUCACGACGAUAUACCACUGGUGGCCCAGAGUGGCCUACCAUUACCACUGCCACCAUGCCG